AAACCGCCAUAUUGCAGUCUGUGUUUUUCUGGCCGUUUCUUCAUUUGCAAGCAACCAUUUCGUGGAGAAUUAGAAGAUCUUCGUUGUUUUUUGAAUGGUCAAUUCAAAAGUCCAUCUAUUUAUCAUUUAAAAUUUCAAAAGCUGUUUGAUUUCUAAAAAUGAAUAAAAACUCUGAAGACGAGAAGGAAGUUAUCAAAGUUAUAAUUGUUAAUGAAGAUGGAACAGAAAGUGAAGUUGAUGCAAGUUCGCUUAAUUGUAUAAAAGUUGAAAUUUCAAAUAAAGAUGAAGACUUCGAAACGAUAGAAGAUGAUACGAUAUCGAACGAGGAUGGUAUUUCCAGAGAAACAUUACUUCUGGAUAACAUCAAAGUGGAAAUGAUUGAUGAUCCCGUUCAUGAAUUUGGUGAAUAUCUACUGCCUCAACAUUCAGAGGAAUAUUCAGAAAAAGAAUAUUUUCAUGAGUAUAUUGAACAUGAAGAGAAUAAUCCAUCUAGAAAACGUAAACGAGGUCGACCCUCUACUUUAGAAUCCAAUAAGAGGAGAAAGCACACAUGUGACAUAUGUGGAUAUGAAUCUUAUCAAAAGAGUCACUAUAGACGACAUAUGGCUAUUCAUUCUAAACCAGAUGGAAUUUACUGCAGUAUAUGUAGGAAAGAAAUGUCUCGAAAGACUGAACUGACAGAUCAUAUGGAUGAGCACAGAUGUUCCUUUGACAGAGAUCGCUUUCAAUGUAAUCUUUGUGAUUACUCUUCCAAGAAACUCACAAAUGUGAGUCAGCACACCGAAGUUCAUUAUAAACCAGAGAAAACAAGAUUCGAGUGUGAAGUCUGUGAUUUUUCUGCAACUAAUCAAACAAGUUUCAAAAAACAUAUUCUCAUGCAUGGAAGUUCAAGAAGUACAAGGUGUCCUGUAUGCUUGAUAGUGUUCAAAACUAUGUCAGCCAGAAGGAGGCACCUUCUGAAAUACAAAAAUGGUCCAGAUCCAAACAAGUACCAGUGUCCUGAGUGCUCUUACAGAACUGCUAAAUACAACAACUUCAAGCAGCACAUGGUUGUCCACCGCAACGAAUACGAAAUUGAGAUGUUCCAAUGCUCAUUCUGCCCCUUCAAGUCGAAGAGGAAAACUGAUUUAAGACAACACGUUAUUGUUAAGCAUAAAACCGACGAAGAGGUCUUAUUAUUCAAGUGUGACUUUUGCUCCUACGAAUCCAGGAGGGGAAAUCACUUAACUAGUCAUAUGAAGAAUCGGCACUCUAGAGAAAUUAUAGUUAAAAAGUGUGGGCUGUGUUCUUACAAAACGGUGUCCCAAGUGUUGAUAGAGAAGCAUUGCAAUAUUCAUUCUAAGGUUCCUGAGCAUUUUUUCCUCUGUUCAUUGUGCGGAUCUGGAUUUUUGUCCCCAAAGCUUCUGGAAGGACACAUGGAAGCAUCACAUUCUAAUAAUAAUGAAUCAGUUGAUAUGAAUCUAUCAGAUGAUGACAUGGUGGUGAAACAGGUCAAAGAGGAACCUUGUGAUGAUGAAGGCUAUUCUGUUGAGCUAUGUAGAAUAGAAAACGAUGAAGAUUAUGAGAGAAAUGGGGAAUUGGAAACAUUUUAUUGCUGUCAGUUUCCCCAGUGUAAUUUCAAAAGUAUCAUGGAGAGGGAUGCCAAGAUUCACAAAACAAUAAGUCACAACAAACGUGGGGAUGACAAUCGUUGUCCAGAAUGUACGUUCCACACAACAUCGAGAUAUCUCUACUUGGAUCAUUUGAAAGUGCACAAAAUUGAUAUAGAGCAUUUGAAGCCCCAUUUGUGCGACAUCUGCGGUACCAGGUGGAUACGACAGGGUGAUUUGACACGUCACAUGUCCGUUCAUUGGGGAAUUGAUUCGGAAAAGAGGAAAAGGAGCCCGACAAAAUUAGAAAAUCAAAACUCUGAUAAGAAAUUGUUGGAAUGCUCUUUAUGUUCUUAUUCUACGAGAUUGAGGCUCUGUUUGUACAAGCAUAUGUUGAAGCAUGGUGAGGAACACCAGCAGAAUUUCAAUCUAUAUGUAGAAGAUGAUACAGGUGAUGUGACAUAUCCACCAGAUGACCUUUAUGAGGACGAUCUAGAUGCUUUUCAAUGAUAAGAUUGAAACUACUGCUCUAUUUGUAAAAACUGUAUCGAUAUGUAUAUAGUUAUGGCUUAAUUUGCGAAAGUAUAUUGUUUUGAAUUAAGGGGUGUAGGAAAAAUAUAUAAGGAAGAUAUUUUUUUUCCUACAGUUCUUAAUCUGAAAAAAUUAUCUGUAUAUAUACCUUUUUUGAAGAUAUUGGAGAAAAUUGAUAUUUUGAUGUUUCUGAAUUUCAAAUAUUUAAUAAAUAUUAAUUUGCCAGA